AUGUCUUACCAAUUGAUAAAUUCCUUGAUCACUGUUUUUAUAAUGACAUUUGGCUUAUUAGCAAAUUUAAUCGUUUUAUUGACAAUAAGAAAAAUGGUUUCGAUGAAGAGUUCUUUUGGAAUUAUCACAAAGAAUCAAGCAGUCUGUAACAUUUUGAUGUGUCUAUUGUUUUUAAUUUUUGUUGGACCACUACAAUUAACGUCAGUAGGUUUAUGCGUCCGGAGUAAACCAGAAAACCACAUAGAUGGAAACAUUUCAAUUUCAAAAUUUAUCAUUACAAAAUAG